UCCCAAUGGCUUCCCAAACGUCCUUAGCGGACCUCACGGCGGACUGCUUCGCGCACUGCUGCCGAUGGCUCUCCCCGCGCGACCUCGUCAACCUCUCCUGCUGCUGCUCGUCGCUUCGCCAGCUGGCCAACAGCGAUGCAGCGUGGGCAUGCCACGUGGCACAUCAAGGAGGGCUACCCCGUCAGGCUGCUUCACUCCCGGGCCUCCACCAGGCAUUCAUAGAGCGCCACGUGGCAGCACAGAAGCUGCAGUUCGCUGACCCUGCCUCGUGUGCAUGGCCCCUAUCUGGGGGCGCAGGGGGAGCAGCAGCAGCCAAUCAGGGUGCAGGACGAGGAGGAGAGGGGGAGAGGGGAGGGGGAGGGGGGGAGGGUUUAUCCGCCAUCCCAGCUUCGACUGCCGUCCCCAACCCUGCUGCUGCGAGAUCUGGAGAAGGGGUUUGGGGUUCAGGGCUUUUCAUGGAUGGGGGGGAGGGGGAGGAGGAGGAGGAGGAGGAGGAGGAGGAGGAGGAGGAGGAAGGGAGUGCAGUGUGGCACCAUGUGGUGGCAGUGCAGGGAUCCAACAUUCUCCUGUGGAAGACUGGGCACAAGGCUGGGCACAAGGCUGGGCACGAGGCUGGGCACAAGGCUGGGCACAAGGCUGGGCACGAGGCUGGGCACAAGGCUGGGCACAAGGCUGGGCACAGAGCAGCACUCGGAGACACACGGUUACAAACUCAUCUAGCAGCCAUAAUGACGGCCCACAAGGGCCGCAUCACAGCCGUGCUCCCAGCCGUCCUCUCCUCCUUCCCUGCCCCUCUGCUUCUCCCCUUGGCCCCGCAACCCCCUCCCGUGCAGGGCUCCAACAUUCUCCUUUGGACGGCUCCACGGUGCAAGGCGGCAUUCAGGGGAACACAGCUACACACCCGCCGACCAGCGGUGCUGCUGACUAGGCCAAGGCUCGGCCAGCCUCAGCUAUCAGCGGUUCUCACGGCCCACAAGGGCCGCAUCACAGCCGUGCUCCCAGUGGACCUCUCCCCCUUCCCUGCCGCUGCCCGCCUCUCCCCGCCGCUCCCCUCACACACGUUUCUCCUCUCCGCCAGUUUGGACCGCACGCUGCGCCUCUGGGGCACGUGAUCUCUUCCACCCCCUCCCAGAAAAAUACUUGCCAUUGGAACACCUCUCUUCCACCCCCUCCCAGAAAAAUACUUGCCAUUGGAACACCUCUCUUCCACCCCCUCCCAGAAAAAUACUUGCCAUUGGAACACCUCUCUUCCACCCCCUCCCAGAAAAAUACUUGCCAUUGGAACACCUCUCUUCCACCCCCUCCCAGAAAAAUACUUGCCAUUGGAACACCUCUCUUCCACCCCCUCCCAGAAAAAUACUUGCCAUUGGAACACCUCUCUUCCACCCCCUCCCAGAAAAAUACUUGCCAUUGGAACACCUCUCUUCCACCCCCUCCCAGAAAAACACCUCUCUU